AAAUGUAUUUCCCUGAAUUUGAAGACAUUUUCAAACAAAUAAAAAAGAAUUUAAAAAUGGCUGGGAUUCCAGCCGAUAAUUCCAUGCUCGGCUUAAAAUUCUAUAUUCUGUUUGUUAAUCUUAUGCUUAUGGCUGGAGAAGAGAUUGCGUUUUUCACUUCAAAAAUGUCUUCACAAGAUAAGAGUUUUCUAGAGUUAACUGCUUUAGCGCCGUGUAUUGGUAUUGGAGUUUUGUCUUUAGUUAAAAUUGUAUGCAUAGUUUUGAAGAGAUGCCACAUUACUGAGCUUAUGAAUCAGCUUGGGAAACUUUACCAGGAAAUUGUGGACGAUUCGAAACAGACCGAGUUACGGAAGACAAUCAGUCGAAAGAUUGUACAUGUCAAGUCAUUUACGACAUAUUAUUUUGUCCUGAAUUUGGUACUAAUUUCAGUUUACAACUUUUCAACGUUGCUAUUCAUGUUGUAUUCCUAUAUAAAAAAGGAGACAGUGAAACUUGUUCUGCCUUAUGAUGUAAUUGUGCCCUUCUCUACCACUGUUUGGUACAACUGGCUUGUGGUUUACGUUCAUUCAAUUAGUUGCGGGUUUAUCUGUGUGCUAUAUUAUACGACAGUAGAUGCUCUUUACUGCAAUUUGACUUCUCUCAUAUGCAGUAACUAUUCAGUUAUAAGUAACGAAAUAGAACAACUGACCCCAAAUAAUGCACACACUUUGAACAAUAUAGUCAAACGACAUCAGUAUAUUUUGAAACUAUCGGAUGUUCUAGAGGAAAUCUUUGCCCUCCCAAACCUCUACAAUGUACUUGUGGCAUCGGUAGAAAUAUGCGUUCUUAGUUUCAAUAUCAUGACGGGUGACUGGACUAAAAUUCCAGGCUUUAUCCUCUUUCUCCUGUCACAAAUCCUACAGAUAUUAGUAAUGAGUGUUUUUGGCGAAAAUCUAAUUAGAGAGAGUAGCAGAGUCGGUGAAGCGGCAUUUAAAUGCGAAUGGUACAAUAUGGAAGAAAAGUAUAAAAAAAUGAUACUAACUAUACUUAUCAGGUCACAUAAGCCUAAGCAACUGACAGCUUACAACUUUUCUGUGAUUUGUCAUAGAAGUUUCACAAAAAUCAUAAGUACCGCGUGGUCAUAUUUUACUAUAUUAAAAACCGUUUAUAAUCCGGCAGAAGAACAGUAAAAUCACCAAGAAAAAUACAUACUUAUUGUAAAAG